CAAAAAAUUGCAAUUCUCUGUUUUAGAAUUGCCGAGUAUUUGGGAAAUUUCGAAAGUCAGAUAGCGCGCGCAGCCGCCUAUGGAUAUUUUUUCUUCACCGGUGUAUCUGUAUUUGUGUAUGUUUUCGAGAUGAGCGAUGUUUGUUUGACACUGAAAAAUGACUACGAAAACGUUUUCGUUGCACGUCUCGCUAAAUCACUCGUUCUGGCAGCCGAAGAGGUUCCCUUGCCAUCGUUAUUGUACAUAAUGUACACAAAUGAACCACGAUCAUCUAUUUCGAAUCCAGCUUAUUUAGCGUCAUGGAUUAAGCUUAUCGCUUUAUCGUGGGGCAUUGUCAAAUUCACCAAAUUACGCUUUUUUUGGUGUUGUCUUCCACUGAAUCCACGACAUGAUACCAGGGAGAAUUUCCGACGUUGUUUCGAAUUUACAUUGUAUCGUGCCACGAUGUUGUUCGUCAAUAUUUGUCAUAUAACUGCGAUUGUUUUGGUUAUAUUAAAUAUAAUUGAGGCUGGUAAAGGCGGUCAGCCGAUAAGCAAAAAUCGAUCUCGUCAAUAA